AUGUCGAAAUGUGAUCUAAAAGACUGUCCGGCAGGCCAACUGACUAUUGAUGACUUUCAGCGUAUCUACACAACCUUCUUUCCUUAUGGGGACGCCAAGCCCUUCUCUCGUUACGUCUUCCGUGCCUUUGACAAGAACGGCGAUGGAAUAAUGGAGUUCAAAGAGUUUCUCACCACUCUGAGCGUAAUCACUCGGGGCAAGUUAGAGGAGAAGCUGAAGUGGGCCUUCUCCGUUUACGACUUCGACGGAGACGACUUUAUUAGUCGCGAGGAGAUGACUGAUGUCAUUAAGGCAAGCUAA